AUGAGUAAAGACCCAGAACUGCAUGUGAGCUUACAGUGGCAAAUUACCGAGUAUUUGGAAUGCAAUUACAUCCAUGAAGUGACGCCGAUGGAAAUUGAAACGACGGAACCUCACAGGGUGUGGCACUUACCCUUGGGUGCUGUGAGAAACCCCAAAAAGCCGGGUAAAAUUAGACUUAUUUGGGAUGCGGCGGCGAAGGUCGGAAAUAUUUCGUUGAACACUAUGCUUCUCAAGGGACCGGAUCUGUUAACUCCCCUCGCUUCGGUGCUUUGCAAAUUCCGAUGCACACAGCCAGAGGUUUUGUAUCGGCAUCACCACUCGGAACCAGUGAAAACAUUCGUGAUGGAUGUAGGCAGCUUUGGUGCCACAUGCUCUCCCUGUCAGGCCCAAUACAUAAAGAAUCUGAACGCGAAGGAGCAUGAAGCGGAGUUCCCGGAGGCAGCUAAAGCGAUUAUAGAGAAGCACUACGUCGACGACUACCUCGACAGUUUCGACACAGAAGCGGAAGCAAUUAAAACAGUACUCGAAGUAAAAGAAGUUCACACACGGGGAGGAUUCGAGAUGCGAAACUGGCAUUCUACCUCCGAUGCCCUUCUACAACGGGUCGGGGAAACUAAGCGACUCCAAUCGGAUGCCAUCAAUAUCGAUGCAGAAUACGGCGCGGAACGAGUUUUGGGACUCCUGUGGCUCCCGAAAGACGACGUUCUCGCUUUUUCCACUGAGCUCCAGCUGGAGGGGAUUGCGCUAACGAAGCGGAACAUUUUGCGCUGCGUAAUGACUCUCUUUGAUUCUCAAGGAAUCUUGUCGCACAUCACGAUUCAGGGCAGGAUGAUCAUCCAAGAUACUUGGCGCAACCAGACGAAGUGGGACGACGAGGUAGACAAAGUAGUCUACUCGCGCUGGGUCCGAUGGACUAAGCUGUUCGAAAAUGUUGGCCAGAUGAGACUACCUAGAGCCUAUUUUCCAGGACUUACUGCAGUGGAUAUUGGUCCGGUAGAGCUCCACGUCUUUACAGAUGCGAGCGAAGAAGCAUAUGCUUGUGCAGCCUACUAUCGGGCCGUGAUCAACGGAAAAGUGCGCGUUACGCUAGUUAUGGCCAAGGCAAUGGUGGCACCGUUGAAGUCACUAUCCGUUUCCCGUUUGAAGUUGAUGGGGGCCAUUUUUGGAGCAAGGCUAGCCAAGGCGGUGAUGGAGUAUCACACAUUCCCCAUCAAACGUCGUAUGAUGUGGACAGAUUCAAAAACAACGCUCGCUUGGAUCCAAUCGCAACAUCGCCGCUACCGACAGUUUGUAGCAUUUCGAGUCGGAGAAAUCCUUAGCAAAACCGAAUCGUACGAGUGGAAAUAUGUUCCAACUCAGCACAACCCUGCCGACGAUGCAACAAAGUGGGGAAAAGGACCUAGUACAGAUGUGACGUCCCGCUGGUUUCUAGGGCCCGAAUUUCUCUACCAACCUGAAGCAGAAUGGCCUGAGCAAAGGUCGACAGAAUCGCUGAAUACAGAGGAAGAACUACGGGCCUGUCUUACACAUCAACAGCGUCAAGUUGAGGACGUGUACCAAAUCAACAAAUUCUCCAAGUGGAAUCAUCUUCUGCGAACAGCGGCUUACGUGCACCGCUACAUCGAUAACUGCUAUCGCAGGAGCAAGAAGCAGUCACUAGUAACAGGGCACUUGAAACAAGAGGAAUUGCUCAAAGCAGAGAAUAGCCUGUGGCGAACUGUGCAGCAAUCAGCGUAUCCGGACGAGAUAGCUAUAUUGGAAUCGGGAAACGCGACCCCCAAGAAACAUAUCGAAAAACUAGUCCUGUAUAUAAAUUGUCGCCAUUUUUAG